GAAGACAGAACCGGAUGAGGACUCGGGAGGACGAGAUGAGUGGAAGUCCACUCAUAUGUUGGUGUACAUCUGGCUUCUCAACUCGUUGGUCCCGACGAUCGCCGUCACGGUGGAUGGCAUUGAGAAGGUGAAGGACGUCUGGGAGAAGGUGAGGAGGACAUAUGAUGGAGUGGGGAAUAACCUGAGGGUAUUCCAGAUUAAAGGAGAAAUCGACGCCACAGUCCAGGGAGAAAGAACUGUACAGGAAUAUGCUACAGAGUUGGAGCGUCUGUUGCUGGAUUAUGAUCAUUUUCCCCCUCGGGCUAGCUGCAAGGACCCGGGAUGUAAAGAGCGGGAGGCCUUUCUACAGGAGAGGACUAUGGUGUUUCUCAAGGGAUUGACAUCAGAGUUCGCUCAGCGAAUCGCAUUGCUGCUAGCUCAGCCGAAGAUUCCCACGCUUGAGGAGGCUGUCUCUGCUAUGAUCCAGGAGGAGACUCGCAUUCGGCUGCAGGCGGGGACAUGUGGACUUCCUGUGGUGAAGUCAGCACUGACAGCCUCUAGCAAUACUGGAUCUAGGGGAGAGACUCGACAGUGCUACAACUGCGGUGCGGUGGGUCAUCUAAGGCAUGCUUGCACCAAACCACCCAAGGAAGGAGACUCGGGUGGACGUGGACAGUUCGGAGGUCGUGGUCGUGGCCGUGGGGGUCGACGAGGUGGAAGAGGAGCAGGGAAUCGGACGAAUCUGACGGUAGCAGAAGAAGAAGCUGAGGUGGUCUUUACUGAGUAGGACCGUGCUCUCCUGGCGAUACUAAGGAAGAAGCAACAAGUAGCAGGGGAUGGAGACUUGAGGAGUGGGACUGAGGAGGCAUCCACUUCGUUCUUCGCCAGAGGCAAUACUGCUACCUAUGCUCAUCCGACCAAAGGAGAAGGGGACAGGACGGAGA